AUGUGUUUGAUGUUUUUGGAGUUUCUUUAUGUGUCCAAGCCGGCGAGGGCGGAGAUCGCCGCGGAGGUGUACGAAGAGGAGGUGGACCUGCGGCGCUCCGGCUCGUACCUCAACAGCAGUUUUCACUCUGCGUGGAGUGAACACACCGGAGUGGACCCGGAGGACUUUCGGGAUGAACUGAGGAAGUUAUAUGCCCAGUUAGAAGUCCACAAGACCAAAAAGAUGACCGCAAACAAUCCUCACCUGUCAAAGAAGCGGAGUUCUCGCUGUGCAUUGGGCAGAUCCAUUAUUAGACGCAUUGCUGAGAUCCCAGAAAACAUGAGCCGGCGGUGCAGCCGCGACGACAGAGAAGGAUCCUUCCACAGCAGGAUGAGUGCCAACCAACCCGAGUCUUUCAGGAGAACCCCAGAUAACGUCUGCAUCAGUUACAAAAGUUCCAUGAAAUCCCCAUCGAUGCGCAAGUCCCAAAGUGAUCAUCACUAUGUCAGGGAAAGAGACCCCCCCUUGAAGGAAGACUCUGUGAAGAGGUUCUCGCGACAAUCUGAGACCGAUUCCUUGGAUAUCCCACCAGGUGUUUGCAAGUCAGCCAGUGCUCAAAAUCUGUCAAUUGAUACCAAUCUCCUGCAUCCUGAUCACACCAGGCUCCACAAGUCCUGGAGCCUGACCUCAACCACCACCCAUUCCAUGGAGAACUUACCCAAGGUUAGCAGAUCCAAAACAGUGCUGUCGAGGUCCCGGCAGAGCAUUUCCAUUAGCGAGCAGACGAGGAGCGCUCUCCAGCUAGAGUCAUUUGACAAGGCUGAGGUCUGUCCUUGGGAGAUGGCUCAAGAACAAUCUGGGGACAAGAACCAGAAACAUGUCACCUACGCAAACUCUGAGGACGGCUCCAACAGAGGGCCACAAUCUCCAGAAGCGCUAGUCUGUCCCUGGGACCAUUUCCCAUCCGUAGAAAAGAACCCUUCAGAGGACAGGGGGGAGAGCGGCUCCCCAAAACCACAGGUUUGUGCGUCUGUGAGUGCACCAGGCACGCCAAGGGCAAAGGCCACGAAAGAUCACCGCGUUUUCUCCUUCCGCGGCACCAGCACCAAGUGGCUCGCUGUGAAAGCACUCAUGGGAUCCUUCGAUAGCGGAAGCCAGUCCAGUAAGGACGGAAGUUUAAAUGAGUUCAAGGAUUCUGUUUCACAGAAAAGUCAGGAGAGCACUUGCACAAUGCCGAGAUGGGGAACAUCUAGUCGACGUCCCAGCAAGGAAAAGAAGUCACUGCAGAAAAGAAGCAUGACAACGGUGGAAAAACCAUGUCUCGUGAAACAGAAUGCCGUCAGACUUUCUUCCGGGGAUUCUACCGACAGAAGCCUCAGGCAGCUUGUCAUCGUGAAAUCGGGCGUCUACCCGUGGGAUGUGGAUGAUGUGCAACAAGGUGGCACCUGUGAACAUGUGUUUUUAUCGAGGCAGAACAGCAGGCGUAGUAGUAUCGGUUCUUGGGAAACCGCUAGCAGCUGUAGAACUCCUUCAACUCACCGACGAGGAAGUAAUCGAAUCACACCAGUCCGCAGCGCUGCCAACAAAGAUGUGUGUCCAUGGGAUGGAGCUGGUGCUUCCCAGGACGGAUGGGGACUCCAGAAGCAGCCGAGCAUCAAAGCAGACGUCUGCCCUUGGGAAUCUCAGCCAUCCAACGUACGUCCAUGGGAACCUCAAGAGCAAGGGGUCGGGAGCAGGCGUGGAAGUGGGCUUGUUGAGGCGUGUCCCUGGGAAUCACAGGAUAUUCCAGUUAUUUCUUAUACUAACACGUCGAGAGAUUCACAGGGACAACAGUCUUUGAAACGUCCAGCAGAUGUAUGUCCCUGGGAGACUCCGGGAAGUCCCCAACCUUUGUUAAAGCAAGAUAAAGAAUUUACUAAUGUUUGUCCCUGGGAUGCUCAGGACAAGGCUGAAGUUGUAUACGAAAACCUAAAUCCUUUGGAGACCAAGGGGACGCUGUCUGUACCUCUUCGACAAGUCAUGAAAGCUGCUAUCCAUCCUGGGGUGUCAAAAGACAUUUUAACUGAUGAGCACCAUGCAAAAUACCCUAGCCUGCAUUUGGGGAAAGAAAUGCCAAAGGCAGCCGAAAGUUGUCCCUGGGAUUUCCCUGAUCCCCCUGAAUUAACGGGAGACAUUUGUCCAUGGGAUGAGGGGAACACUGAGCCAACGGAUACAAGCUCAACCACACAAAUGAACAUCAAGGUAGAUAUUUGUCCCUGGGAGAGUGGACAUCAACACAAACCAGCAGGCUCACAAAAAGGUACUUCGCCUUUGAGAGAUUCUUCUGUGCAGACUAAUGGGGAAGACGGCACAGAAGUAAACAUAUGUCUCCGGAAAACCGAUAAAACCACAGCAACCAGUAUCUUCUCAAAAGGACUGGAAAGGCCAGCAGAUGUUUGUCCAUGGGAUAGUGCUGAACUAGAAUCAAGAAAUCCACCGACUCCCAAAACAUCUGAGAAGCAUGUGAGGCAAGAUGCAGUUUGCACAGAGGCGGUGAAAGCGCAAGUGUCAAAAGCAAACUUACAAAGACAAGGAACGUCAAGGGAAGACAUUUGUCCUUGGGAUACAGAAGAACCAAAGGUUCUCAAAAAGCAGGAGAGCACUACGGGAGAUGUUUGUCCUUGGGAAACAGAUAAACCAAAGGUUCUCCAAAAGCAAGAAAGCACUCUGGGAGAUGUUUGUCCUUGGGAGACAGAAGAACCAAAGGUUCUCCAAAAGCAAGAGAAGACUGUGGGAGAAGUUUGUCCUUGGGAGACAGAAGAACCAAAGGUUCUCCAAAAGCAAGAAAGCACUCUGGGAGAAGUUUGUCCUUGGGAGACAGAAGAACCAAAGGUUUGCCAAAGACAAGAGAGCGCACAGGGAGAUGUUUGUCCAUGGGAGUCUGAUGAUCAACAAACCUCAAACAGGAGCGAAGUUUGUAUACCCAAUAGUGAGGAAGGAGAAGUCCCAGAGAACCAGGAGCCACUGUGUGUUGAAGAUGGCCCAGCAGACAUUACCCCAGAGCAGAUAGACGAGUCCAAACAGAACCUGGCCCUGGGCCGCCGCGAUGCUUUGUGUCCCUGGGACAUGAGACUGAGCCAAUCGGGCUCCUUCACGGACAACGCCACAGAUGUCUUCACAUGGGAGCCCGAGAAUAUUCCUGAGGAAGACGAGGAGGACGAUGCAGAAUGUGCCGCUGAGGCUUUUGUGUUCCCGUCUGACUUGUGAUCUAGAUGUUGCUCGUCGAUGGUCGAGGGGAGCCUUGUUUCCGCAGAGUGCAGGAUCUGCUCACCAGGCUGCAAUAAGCGCUAAUCGUAGACAGAACGCAGGGCGUUGUUAUUUCAAGUUGGAUCAUCUGAUGAAGAGGACUCGAUGGGCGGGACCUAGCUGGCCGCGCGAACUUGAGUAACAUUAAGUCCUGUUUCAGCAGAAGCAGGCAAGCGGUACGUCCCUCACUGAACCUGCCAAGAAUACGGACAGACUUUUCUUGGCUGGAGGGCGUCUUGAGGCUUUUAGAUGAUGUCCCUUUUCUUCCCGCUUCUACCCCCCUCAUUUUAAAGUUGAGGUGUUUUUUGUGUCUUUGUGUGUUUUUAGGUGACAGUAAACAUAUUUAACAUGAAGGGGUGUGUUGGACGCGUGGCUGAGGUGACCAUCACAAAACCAGAGCUAAAAACUGCUCAUAAUUACAAAUUGCAGCACAGGACCUAAUGGACUGAACUCGGCGGAAGCAGCCUUCGAACGAUAAAUUCAGACUAAUAAUUUUUCAAAGUAAAAGAAUGUGUACAGUAGAUGUCAAAUAACAUUUAUACGUUGACUGAUAAAACUAUGCAUACUUGUUUGCUUAAGUGGCUGAAUUAGUGGUUAUCACGAUGCUCUCGUUUGUUAUUCAGUCACGAUCAUGUAAUAACAUUCCACUACUUAUAGAAACAAUGCCAAAUGAAUACAUAAAUCAGCAUAAACUCAACUACACUUAAAGAAAACCACUCGUGUGACAACGUACUGACGUAUGUUUUGAAUUAAAUUGCUUCAUUAGUCAAAGUUGAUUAUUAGAAAUAUAUUAGCAGCUUAGUAUAUGGACAUCAAGAGUUACUCCAGGUUUCAAUGUAUGACAGUGAUUGCCAUGUUUUACUACAUAUUUUUAAAAGUAUAAGAAUGUAUGUCAAAAUUAACAGUGUGUGUCUAGUCUAUGUAUUAAAUCAGGCGUCAGUUUUUUUAAAAUGUCAUUCUGUUGCAGACAGCAGGGGAUUUUUCUUCUUAUUCGGUGACCUCUUUGUUUAAAACCCGCGCCAGGUGUUUUUUUUCUAAAGAGUGACCUAGUUGAGCAUUGUUGUGUGUUUGUUUAUUUUUUGAAUGAAUGUGCUGUAAUUUGACAUCAAGUAAAAAUAAUAAUUAGAAAAAAUAAAUAACACAUCCCUUGAUUUGCAUAAAUAAAACAGCCCAUGUUCUGUUCUGUAUGAAACAUCUAUGAAAGAUUGAUCUGAUGAACAAAAAUAUAACAGACUGGUCUGAGGAGACACUUUAUUUUUGUAUUUCCCGAGGUCAACAAAGAGUAUAUUCAUCACAGAAAUAAACCAUUCAAUCUCUA